AUUCACAUCGCACCCCACUAUCCAACUACUACGUUAAAUAUCCCCUUCAAAAGGGUUGAAUGCUAGUAACUUCACCUGUGAUCUUUUUGGACGACCCUGCUUGCUCAAAAUGGCCGAUGCAGCAGUAGCAGAAGGGAUUAACAACCCAGACAACCUCACCAAGUACAAGACCGCCGCGACAAUCAGCCACAAAGUCCUCGAGGAGGUGUCCAAAUGGCUGGUUGAAGGCGCAAAGAUUGUUGACCUGUGCAUCAAGGGGGACGAACUUCUCGAGGCCGAGCUCAGCAAAGUCUACAAAGGAAAGUCCAUCAACAAAGGAAUUGCGACCCCUUGCACAAUAUCCCCUAGCGCCCAUGUCACCCCUUUCACCCCUCUGGUCUCCGACGCCGAUGACGCCGCCAUGACCAUCAAGGCUGGUGAGAUGGUCAAGAUUCAGUUGGGAGCACAGAUUGAUGGGUAUGGUGCAAUUGUCGGAGACACUGUUGUAGUGCCACAAGAGAAGGGCAAGAAGGCAGAGAUCACGGGCAGAGAGGCAGACUUGCUGCUCGCUACAUACUAUGCCAAUGAGCUCCUGCUCCGACUCAUGGUGCCCCCGGGGCUGUUGGUGAGCGGCACCGAGGAAGAGAAGAAGAAGGCUGCCGCCGAAAAGCCGCCUACACAGACCAAAAUCAUCUCGCUGGUUGAGAAGGUCGCAAAAGCCUACGACGUCCACGUCGUCCAGCACACAACCUCGUGGCUGUUUGAGAAAAAUGAGAUCGAAGGCAAGAAGAAGAUCAUCCUGUCUCCUGCUGAUGGUGCCAAGGGUGAAGGCUCAGCGGACGUCGGCGAGGUCUGGGGAGUCGAGAUGGGCAUGAGUCUGGGAUCUGGCAAGGUCAAGGAGCUGGACAAGCGAUCUACUCUGCUGAGGCGGACCACUACGACGUACGGCUUGAAGCGGCCGAGCUCGAGACAGGUUCUCUCCGAAAUCGUCAAGAAAUUCGGCACCUUCCCGUUUAGCUUACGCCAGCUGGAUGACGAGCGAGCCGGCAAGGUCGGCGUGGUUGAGUGCAUCAGAUCUGGAGUUCUACGUGAAUACAAGCCAGCCGCAGAGGCGGAUGGUUCUCCGGUCUCGCGGCUGUUCACCACUAUUGCAAUCACAAAGAAUGGCCUUACACGCCUAGCAGCCCCGCCUCCGCUAGAUCUGGAAGCCGUCAAGUCGGACAAGAAGAUCGAAGAUGAAGAAGUUCUAUCGAUUCUCGAGCGACCGCUCAGUAAGUCCACUGGCUCCAAGAGCAAGAACAAGAAGAAAAAGAAGAAGCCAGCCAAGAAGGCCGCGGCCGCCGCCACUACUGAAGACGACGACGACGACGACGAUGAUGAUAGCGACGAAGAAUGAACAGCUCGUCCUCACCAAAAGCCACCGAAAGCUCUUAGCUGGUUGGGCAGACAUAAGAGUCAUUGGGCAACGAGGUCAAUGGGCCGCUGGGAAAGUCGCCUUUGACGUUCCACAGAGAUGCAUGAGAGCUGGUUGGGUAUCUGACGCGACCAAUGCUCACAACCGAGAAGAAGCGUGUUUCAGGACCGUUGGAGGACCUCAGGAAGGAGAGCACAUGUAUGGUGCUUAUCACCGCCGCUCUGGUGGCCGCAACGCAAUGAGGCAAUGAAAAUGAAUGGAAAAUGAGCAGAAAAAUAGGACUACCCAGAGAGCAAUGAACGAGAGAACCGUUGCAAGCAUGA